UUAAUUUGGUGACCACAAUGAACAUGAUGGCUCUUCUUCUACAUGUAAUGUUGGCUUUCACUUUGACUCUGAUCACUUCAACUUCUGCUGCCAGCAUCACUACAACCAACAUUACGAGUCUACCGGGUUAUUAUUCCGGUGACCUUCCCUUCGCACUAGAAUCCGGAUAUAUUGGUGUAGGUGACAAUGAAGAAGUACAACUAUAUUACCUUUUCGUUGAGUCUGAGGGUGCUCCUGCAGACGAUCCUCUGUUGCUAUGGUUCAAUGGAGGCCCAGGUUGCUCUGGUCUGGCUGGUUUCUUCUUUGAGAGUGGUCCAGUAACUUUUAAGUUUGGAGAUUACAAUGGGAGCUUACCAGAAGUUCUUGACAAUCCAUUUCGAUGGACAAAGGACGUCAGUAUCAUAUACAUAGAUGCCCCAGUUGGUGCUGGAUUCUCCUACUCAAAAACUCAAAGCGGUUAUCUUGUGGAUGACUACACAUAUGUUGCACAAGGCUAUGAAUUUCUGCAGAAGUGGUUGGUGGUACAUCCUGCAUAUUUGGAAAAUAUGCUCUACAUUGGCGGUGACUCCUUUUCUGGCAUAAUUGUGCCAAUGAUUGUACAACAAAUAUUGGAAGGUAAAGAAAAUGGAACUUAUCCUCCAAUGAAUCUAAAGGGAUAUGUAAUUGGGGAUCCAGUAACAGAUUCAGUCAUUGACACAAAUGCAAGAAUUCCUUUUGCUCAUCGGCUAAAUCUCAUAUCAGAUCAAUUGUAUCAGGCAGCGAAAUCAAGUUGCAGGGGAGAUUACGUCAACGUAGAUUCAAGCAAUGACGCAUGCAUUUCCGAUCUUGAUGCUAUUGAUGCACUCACAAGUGAUAUAAAUAUGUUACACAUCUUGGAACCAGUCUGUAGUGAUUCAUUGCCAACACCUAAGGAGAAGGUGAUGGUAGGCACAGCCAGAAGAUAUCUCAAAGAAUUGUCCGAAGGUUUACUAAAUUCAGCAACUAAUGGACCUGCAUAUUGGUGUAGGAGUUAUAAUCAUAUGCUCGCCUACGUUUGGGCAAACCACCAAAGUGUUCAAGAUGCUCUUGGCGUUCGAAGGGGCACGAAAAGAUUAUGGCAAUACUGUAAUUCAACCCUGGCGUACACUCAAGAAGUCACUACAGUUAUUGGUAUUCAUCGAAGUCUCACAACAGUUGGCCUACGUGCUCUGAUCUACAGUGGUGAUCACGACAUGACAAUUCCUCACAUUGCUACACAAAAAUGGAUAAAUAUGCUCAAUUUGACUCUCAAUGAGACCUGGAGGGCAUGGUCAGUUGAUAAUCAAACUGCAGGGUACACCAAGAAGUUUGUAAAUGAAGUUUUCAAUUUGACGUUUGCGACUGUAAAGGGAGGAGGUCACAUUGCUGCAGAGUACAAGGUUAAAGAAUGCUCUGCUAUGAUUGAUAGAUGGAUGGCUCAAUCAUCUCUCUAAUUACAUGUAGCUACCCUCUUCAAGAUACCCUAAUGGCCCAGAAAAGAUGUGAAGUUUUUCUUUAUCACCAAAUGCAGUCUGUUUUUC